AUGAAUGCAACCCAAAAAUUUGAUGUAGUCGAUGCUUGGCAUCGGCAAUUACCAAAUGGGACAUGGAUUGGUAUGAUAGAAAGGGUACAUUUAGGAGAAGAUGAUGUUACUGGUUCAGGAAUAGCUAUGUUACGAAAACGAUGCGAUAUGAUUCGUUAUAUCGGUAGAACAUUCAAGUGUCGUGUGAAUUUCGUAUUUCGAAUGCCGCCUCUUUCGUUAGUGAGUAACAUUCUAACUUUGUCGUUCCAAGCCAAAGUAUGGAUUUUUGGUGGAGCUCUGCUAUUGUUGAUGUUUUUAAUGUUGAAGUAUAUGUUCAUAGCAGAAGCUAAAUUAACUCAAGGUGAAAAACAAAACAUGAACAAUGCUUUGUCAUUACAAGGAUGGUCAUCCACUUCGCUGUUUCUUGUAGGUUCUUUAUGCCAACAAGGUGUUGAGAAGGAACCAGAAACUAUUGCAGGACGCAUUGGUACAAUUUUUGUACUUUUAGUUAUGCUAUUUAUGUAUACAUCAUAUUCAGCUAACAUUGUAGUUCUUUUACAAGGAACCGCUUCGGGUCUUGAUACAGUUGAAGAAUUUUUACAAAGUCCAAUUAAAGUUGGAUUUCUAGAUUUUGAAUUUUCAAGAACAAUGUUUAUUAACUCAUCUCAUCCUAUACGAAAAUUGAUUUUCGAAAAGAAGAGUGGUCCAAAUGAAUUUUAUUCUUACGCAAAAGGUGUAGAAAAAAUAAGAAAUGAUUUUUUUGCAUUUUAUGGAGAACCAGGUCUAAUAUACGAUUCAGUAUCCAAGACAUAUGAAGAAUAUGAAAAAUGCGACUUUAAAGAAAUCUUUACACCCGGUGAAAUUUCAUCCAUAUUUCAUGCAACUCCACAUAAAUCUCCUUAUAUUGAGAUAUUUCGAACCGGAUUAAUUCGUCUGGAAGAGACUGGAUUACAACAAAAAUUCGAAUCAAGAUAUUAUAGCCCGCAACCAAAAUGUGGAAUUUCUAAUGCUAAAUUUGUUGAAGUAGGAGCUACUGAAAUUUAUUUUGCUUUUCAGGUUUUGUUUUGUGUUGAUAUUGUUUGGUUAUUAGCAGCUAAAGACGCUCUUAGUUGA